AUGGCGACGAAAGUUUACGUAAUUUUCUAUUCCAUGUACGGCCACGUGGCCGCAUUAGCCGAGGAGAUCAAGAAGGGUGCAGAAUCCGUGGAAGGGGUCGAAGUCUCCAUUUUUCAGGUUCCCGAGACUCUAUCCGAGGAUGUCCUCGCAAAGAUGCACGCUCCGCCGAAGCCGGACAUUCCUUCUAUCGACGUGCACAACCUCCCGGAAGCGGACUGCUUCCUCUUCGGCUUCCCCACCCGCUACGGCAUGAUGUCCGCUCAAAUGAAGGCCUUUUUCGACGCGACCGGCAGCUUGUGGAGAACGCAAGCGCUGGCUGGCAAGCCUGCCGGUUUCUUCUUCAGCACGGGCUCGCAAGGAGGCGGCCAGGAAACCACUGCGCUGACUGCCGUAACGCAGCUGACGCAUCACGGUAUGCUCUUCGUUCCCAUUGGCUACACCUAUGGCGCCAACAUGUUUGUUCUGGAUGAGGUGAAGGGAGGUUCGCCCUAUGGAGCAGGCACUCUGGCCGGGGAUGACCAUAUUCAACAAGUUUGUGGGCGGCUCGGCGCGCAGCGAUGGAGUUGUGGUGGACGAGGCGGAGCGUGCUGCGUGCUUGUUAUCCAGCCCCCCCCUCUCCUCUCCCCCUGGCUCCCCCGCUUCCCCUCCCCUUCCCCCCUUCCCCCCCUCCCCCCCUCCCCCUCCCCCCCCUCCUGGCCUCCUCGCUUCCCCUCCCCCCUUUCCUCUCCCCGCCGCCAGACCAUAUUCAACAAGUUCGUGGGCGGCUCGGCGCGCAGCGAUGGCGUGGUGGUGGACGAGGCGGAGCUGCAGCGGCACCAACAGCUGGAGCGACUUUACAACACGACAAAGUCAGCUAAGCACUUCCAACGUGAAAUGGUGAAGGGCAUCGAGGGCAUCAUCAACGCGAAUCUGAAGCACAUUGAAUCCAUCGCCAAGCUGUCAGAAGAGUGCCGCAAAUACGGCGCACCGGAGAGCCCGGGCGGCAGCACAGUGCUGGGCCGGGCGGCGCUGCAUUUUGGGGCGGCACACUCGGCAAUUGAGAAGGAGAGAGACAAUAUGGACAGGACGCUUGGAACACAGGUGGGCGACCCCCUUAAAGCCAUGGUCACGGGCGCGCCUCUGGAGGAUGCUCGCAGCCUCACCCACCGAUACGACAAGCUGCGGCAGGAAGCCGAGGGGCUGGUAGUGGAAAUCCAGAAGCGCAACCAGAAGGCACGGGACGGGCUGAGCAACCCUGAGAACGCUGCUAAGCUGCAGCAAGCGGAGCAGAAGAUGGGCGAGCUUGCAGCGACCAUGACGGUGCUGGGGAGGGAAGCCGCGACGGCAAUGAUGGCUGUGGAGGCUCAGCAGCAGCGGCAGACGCUGCAGCGACUGAUUGGGAUGGUGGAGGCAGAAAGGGCGUUUCAUCAGCGGUCAGUGGAGAUUCUAAACCACCUGCACGCACAGAUGGUGGGGGAGAGGCAGAAGAACGACCACAGUGGGAACAGCAGCGCUGCUGGUGGUGGUGCCACCCCUGCUGGUGCCACCCCUGCUGGUGUGGGCAGCACUAACCCGUUUGCAGGCUCAGCCGAGCCUCCGCCCCCGAGCUACGAGGAGGUUCGGGGAGGGGGAGGGCCGGCAGCAGGCGGGUCGAACCGAGCGGGGUACUUUCUUGCUGAGGUGGUGCAUGCAUUCGACGCGGAGGGUCCGGGGGAGAUGACUCUGAGUGUGGGCGACUACGUGGUUGUCAGACAGGUGUCGCCCAACGGUUGGUCGGAGGGUGAGGCGAAAGGCAAGGCUGGGUGGUUCCCUUCAGCCUUUGUGGAACGCAGGCAGAGAGCCCCAGCAAGCAAGAUCCUGGAAGCUUCUGGAGGCCUUUAG